AUGUUGCCAUUAAUUUUUUAUUUUUGGUUUGAUAUUAUUUUACCGGUGUUUCUUUUCUUUUCUUUUUUGUUCUUUUUUUUCUUUUGUUCCGUGAGGACUGUUGCAUGCCAUGAAUUUUAUUUAACACGAAAAGCACACGACAUUUUGUUGUUGUGUUAUUGUCAUAUCUGCUUUUGCUUUGCGUGUGUCUCCAUAUGUGUUUGUGUGUGUGUUUUUUUUAUUUGCUUUUCUUCUACGGGUUCAAUAUUUUUGGUUUACCAUUUUUAUUAUUAUUGUUAUUAUUAUUAUUAUUGUUACAACAAUUUUUCUUUGUUUUUUGUUGUGUUGUUGUUGUUGUUUUGCAUGGCUUUGAAUGAGAAGGAUUUAUAUAUUUAUAUAUAUAAAAGGAAUGACGUUACCCGUGAUGAAUUUGUGGGAGGUGCGUCUCAGUUGGUUGCAACUUGUAAUUACAAUAAAAAUUCGAAGGAAUAA